GGAGGAAGAGAGCCCACACUGACCCUCACCCCAAGCAGCAGGGUCCCCAGAAGGGCAGCCCUAAUGCCCAGCAGGACGGUGCGCUAUGCCCGCUACAGCCCACGGCACAGGCGCCGGCGGUUGCUGGCCAACCGCAGUGUGCGGUUUCCCAACGAUGUCCUGUUCCUGGAUCACAUCCGCCAGGGGGACCUGGAACAGGUGGGGCGUUUCAUCCGUGCCCGAAAGGUCUCCCUGGAUACCAUCCACCCCUCAGGCCUGGCGGCCCUGCAUGAGGCCGUGCUCUCUGGGAAUCUGGACUGCGUGAAGCUGCUGGUCAGGCACGGGGCGGACAUCCACCAGCGCGACGAGACGGGCUGGACGCCCCUGCACAUCGCCUGCAGCGAUGGAUACCCCGAAAUAGCCAGGUACCUCAUCUCCCUGGGGGCCGACAGGGCCGCCGCCAACGACGACGGCGACCUGCCCUCCGACCUCAUCGACCCCGACUUCAAGGACCUGGUGGAGCUCUUCCAAGGGACGAAGAUGGCGUGAGCGCCUCGGGGCCAGGCCGGCCUCGACCCCGCCCUGCACACACACACACUCAGCGCUCCGGCCUCCACUCCCUCCAGGUGCAU